CUGGUGCAUAUGUUCAGUUAUAAAAAUACCGCGCCUUCCAAGUUACAUAUCCCCGAUCACCUCAUCUUCAAAUAUUUACCUGCAAAUGCUAUUCGAUCAUGUCAACCGUAAAGAAUCGUCCCGUCGGCACUGACUUCAUAGUGACCCACCACGCAACAUCUUACGACUACAUCUCACCUUUGAAACUGGACCUCAUCGGUCACCACGUCCUCAUCACUGGUGCAGCACAUGAAGAUGGAGUGGGAUUUGCUACUGCUAGAGCUUUUGCACGUGCUGGAGCAUCUUUCAUAGCAUGUUGUGAUAUACACGGCAUAUCUGAUAACAUCAUUACGAAGUUGAAGUCAGCCGCGAGCCUUGCCAAUCGGAAAGAACCUCUGGUGCUGGGCUACAAAGUUGACAUUGCAAGCCAGGAAAGUGUCAAAGCAAUGUAUGAGUCCAUAUUCGGACAGUUCAAUGGACGAUUAGACAUUCUUGUCAAUAACGCGGCAUAUAUGGAACCAUAUAAGCCUUUCCUCGAGUCCGAUCCAGACACCUACUGGCGAACAUGGGAAGUAAACAUUCAUGGCCUUUUCAACAUGGCCCGCGUAUUCCUCCCGCUCCAACUGUCGAGUCAUUCAGAGUCCAAUGGCUCUUGCAUCAUGAUCAACGUAUCGUCAUCAGGCGCUUUGAGCGUUCGUCCUGGAAGCGGAAGUUAUCGAACCUCCAAACUUGCAGUGUUACGAUGGACUGAGUCACUGCAAGUUGAAUAUGGCGAGCAAGGUCUUUUGGCGUUUUGUGUGAACCCUGGAGCGAUCAAAACAAAGAUCACUGAAGGAGCGCCUGAUGCAGUUAGGAAUGCACUUCCUCAUCGACCAGAUGUCGCUGGUGAUACAAUUGCUUGGUUGGCUUCUGAGCGCAGGGAGUGGCUUGGCGGACGAUAUAUGAGUUGCCCGUGGGAUAUGGAGGAGCUUAUUGCCAAGAAGGAUGAGAUUGUUAAAGAGGAUAAACUUAAGUUGAGAAUGGUUGUUUAAGCUUGUGCUUGCAAGGCCCCAGCAAAGUGCAUGCAAUUUGCUAAAGUCUAGGGAUGGCAGAGAAGAAGAUGUAAUAAAUGUUAUAGGAAAUGCAUGAAGCUUAAGCUUUUGAGACUAU